AUGGCUGCGCCUUUCAAAGUCAUCAUCGCGGGCGGAGGUCUUUCCGGUUGCUUGCUCGCCAAUGGCUUGAUGAACAACGGUGUCGACGUGGCAGUCUACGAGAGAGACUCGGCAGAUGUCAAGAGAGAAGGAUUCCAGAUUCGACUGGGCGAAAGCGCGAUGACUGGAUUCCGAGCUUGUCUGAAGCCCUCCGAGAUCGCAACCAUACAAUCGAAGUUCAGCCAGAUGUCCACGACAGGACUUACAGCCCCGGCGAUAUGCAACACUAAGUUCCAGACCGUUCUCGACCUUGGACAGCUACCUUCCUACAGCGCUUCAUGGGGAAUCAAUCGAGUUGUUCUUCGUGACAUACUCGUCAACCCUCUGAUCGAAAGAGGCUGCAUCCACUUCGGCAAAGCAUUUGAAGGUUAUGAGAUUGUUCGUCGGAGCGAUGGCCAGGAAAGUGUCAAAGUCCACUUCGCAGACGGAACUACGGAGUCAUGCGAUGUGUUGAUCGGGGCGGAUGGUAGCGGGUCAAGAAUCAACAAGCAAGUGGGAGCUCGUAACCUGGUACCUGUCGAUAGUCACGUCAUGAUCCUCACGAAAGGACCCCUUCCUUCGAACUGGACUGAGAAGCUACCUCCGCGAUUGCUCAAGAGUCCGAUACUCGUUUUUGCGGGAGGAAUUUCCAUGUACUAUGCAUUAUUCCUUCCUGCUGCUGAUGAAGCACCCGACGGCUCGAAAGACGGACAAAGAUUCAACACCAAAGAGGCAUCUUUCUACUGGGGGUUCCUCAUUCCCAAAGAUCGUGUUCCGACAGACAAGAAGUUUUCGGAGAUGAAGGACCCGCUUGGGGUAUGCCUUGAGGUAACCAAAGACUGGGCACCAGAGUACCGUACGAUGUUGGAGACAGGAUCAGAGGACAAGAACAGAGAUCAGGUUACCGCUACACAGAUCCGAGCGAGCAAUAGACUCUCGAAGAGCUGGAGGAAGAACGUCAAGAAAACCACUGGCGACGAGGGGCAUCCGCGGGUGUGGCUCAUUGGUGAUGCGGUGCAUGCAAUGCAACCAAAUAGAGGCAUGGGGGGCAACCAGGCAUUCCAUGACUGCGCCGAUGCACUGCCCCGACUUCUCGAGCUGAAGGAGAAAGCACAAUCUGGGUCGAAACCUUCGACAGAAGACGUCAGUGUCGCAUGCAACCGUUAUGAAAGCGCCAUGAUCGAUCGGGCUUUCCCAUGGGUUAGUAAGAGUGGAGGUACAAGUGUUCCCACAAUCAAUCUCGAUGGUAUUCUCGGGACAAUACUGUGGGCCGUUGGCACUUUCUUGGUUUCUGGUUACGUCUUCAUGGCCCAGCUUCUGAAAUCUGGAGUAAGAAGCUCAUAG